UCUAGCUAACUUCCCGACGGUGAAGGAAUUACGGAUUUCUGUAAUCUUUGAGAAGUUUCAAGUGCUCUUUUGGACAGGAUAUUUUGGAAUUACCAGUGUAAACAUUUAUAUAGAUGUACUGCGCAUGCGCACGACCCCCAUGUUAUUUUAUCACUUCCCGCGCUAAAUUGCGCUAAAUGCAAUAUAUUUAGUGUGGAGUGUUGUGCAGUGUAUUAUAAUUUUACUGAAUUUAAUGAUUUGUUUCCAGCAGUAAAUAAGCAAACUCUUACAAUAUGAGUCAAAAGGCUUUUUCGGGUCCUGCAGCUAAGCGGCCAAAGACCAGGGGAGAUGAUGACGAGGAAGAUUUCCCUGGCUCUUUUGAAGCAGAGCUAGCUAAUAUGAACGACAUUGAUGAUGAUGAUUACAUUGAUAUGUCCCAAGUUACAGAAGAGCCACACAGUUAUAAUCAAAUGAAAGGACCUGAGCAAGAAGCUACAUCAGCUAAAUGGAGUAGACCACCACCACCUGCUUUAAAUCCUGCAAAGGAUUCAUUAACGUUUCAGCAGAUAGAAGUGGAUCACUAUAUAGGAAGACCAAUCUCUGGGAUGCCUGGAAGUACUGUUGGUCCAGUACCAAUAGUACGAAUGUUUGGAGUAACUGAAGAAAGAAAUUCCGUCUGUUGUCAUGUUCAUGGUUUUUCUCCCUAUUUGUAUGUGACUGCUCCUGAUAAAUUUACCAACGACCACUGUAAACCAUUUAUGAAGGCCUUGAACCAGGCUAUAUUAAAAGACUUACGGUCAAAUCCCUACAAUAUUCAGGAAGCAGUUCUCUCUGUUGAAUUGGUUAAAAAACAAACUAUGUAUGGAUAUGCAGGAGAAGAAAAAAUGCUUUUUUUAAAGAUCACAGUGGCUUUACCAAAAUUAAUAGCACCUUGCAAAAGAUUACUUUCUAAAGAAACAGUUUAUGCAGCCUUUAUUCAUGAAUACAGAAGUUUUGAGAGUAACAUUGACUUCGAUGUCAGAUUUAUGGUAGACACUUCACUAGUUGGAUGUUCUUGGGUCAAAUUACCAGCUGGCAAAUGGAAGCUACGUGGCCACUAUGGAUAUCAUGAACCAGCAGUGACGAGAUGUCAGUUAGAAGUAGAUAUUGCUUAUGAUGCCUUUAUUGCACAUGAACCACAUGGCGAAUGGUCCAAAAUAGCACCAUUCAGAAUUUUGAGCUUCGACAUUGAAUGUGCUGGUAGAAAAGGAAUAUUUCCGGAUCCAAAAUUUGAUCCUGUUAUACAAAUAGCCAAUAUGGUUAUAAGACAAGGAGAGACUGAACCGUUUUUGCGUAAUAUUUUUACAUUAAAUACUUGUGCCCCUAUAGUAGGAUGUCAGGUACUAAGUUUCGAGAAGGAAAGCCAAAUGUUGGAGAAAUGGGCAGACUUCAUAAGACAAUUGGAUCCAGAUAUCUUCACUGGCUACAACAUAAACAACUUUGACUUCCCAUACCUAAUAAAUCGCGCUCAGCACCUCAACGUGUCGAGCUUCAGUUAUCUAGGCAGAAUCAAGAAUAUAAAAUCUGUAAUCAAGGAUCAAGUCUUACAAAGCAAACAGAUGGGAAGGCGUGAGAACAAAUCUGUAAAUUUCGAAGGACGCGUGCCCUUUGAUCUGUUACUAGUACUGGUACGAGAUUAUAAAUUACGUUCUUACUCUUUGAACGCAGUGAGUUUUCAUUUUCUUCAAGAGCAAAAGGAAGACGUUCAUCACAGUAUAAUCACUGAUCUCCAGAAUGGCACACCUCAAACCAGAAGACGUCUAGCAGUUUACUGUCUAAAAGAUGCGUACCUGCCACUGAGAUUGCUUGACAAACUAAUGUGUAUAAUAAUUUACAUGGAAAUGGCCAGGGUAACUGGAGUCUCCUUGCCAAGUUUACUAACUCGAGGUCAACAGAUAAAAGUGAUAUCUCAGUUACUGCGAAAGACAAAGGAAAAGGAAUUCCUUAUGCCGGCACAUGAAGGUCAUGGGAGUGAAGAACAAUUCGAAGGUGGAACCGUUAUUGAACCAAAACGUGGCUACUACAACGACCCAAUAGCAACCCUGGAUUUUAGUUCACUAUAUCCCAGUAUUAUAAUGGCGCAUAAUAUCUGUUAUACUACUUUAUUGAAUGCUAGGGCGCAGAACAAGUUUAAUCUACCUAGUGAAGAUGUGACCCAUACUCCAUCCAAUUGUAAAUUCGUGAAGGAAUCCGUGAGGAAGGGAAUUCUUCCUGAAAUUCUGGAAAAUCUUUUAUCAGCUCGAAAAGCUGCAAAAGCAGAGUUAAAGAAGGAAACGGAUCCUUUAAAGCAAAAGGUCUUAGACGGUAGACAAUAUGCACUUAAAGUUUCCGCGAAUUCGGUGUAUGGUUUUACCGGUGCCCAGAUGGGGAAAUUACCCUGUCUAGAAAUAUCUGGUAGCGUUACGGCUUACGGCAGGACAAUGAUAGAGCGAACGAAACAAGAAGUCGAAAGUCAUUUUCGCAUUGAAAAUGGUUACAAGUAUGACGCUAAUGUUAUCUAUGGCGACACGGAUUCCGUUAUGGUAAAGUUUGGCGUGAAGGCCAUCGUCGAGGCUAUGGAGCUAGGAAAGGAGGCUGCAGAGUACGUUUCUGCAAAGUUUAUCAAGCCUAUAAAGUUGGAGUUUGAGAAGGUCUAUUUUCCAUAUUUACUUAUCAAUAAGAAGCGCUACGCAGGAUUGUAUUUCACGUCACCUGAUAAGUAUGAUAAGAUGGACUGUAAAGGAUUGGAAACUGUGAGACGCGAUAACUGUCCCCUAGUAGCUAAUAUGAUGAAUAUGUGUUUACAGAAACUACUCAUAGAAAGGAAUCCUGAUGACGCCGUGGACUACGCCAAACAAGUGAUAAGCGACCUUCUCUGUAAUAAAAUUGACAUCUCACAGCUAGUGAUAACAAAGGAAUUAACGAAGAAUGAUUACACGGCUAAACAAGCCCACGUAGAACUAGCUGCUAAGAUGAAAAAGAGGGAUGCCGGAACGGCGCCAAAAUUAGGGGACCGGGUACCUUACGUGUUCACUAGUGCAGUGAAGGGUACACCAGCUUAUCAGAAAGCCGAAGAUCCAAUUUAUGUCCUGGAGAACAACAUACCCAUCGAUGCAAAUUACUACUUAGAAAAUCAGCUAUCUAAACCGCUGAUUAGGAUAUUUGAACCAAUUCUAGGCAAUCGUGCCGAGGCGCUUCUUCUUCGUGGUGAACAUACCAGAACCAGAUCUGUAGCUACUUCUAAGGUGGGUGCCAUGGCAGCCUUCACCAUGAAGAAACAAACUUGUUUGGGUUGCAAGGCUGUGCUUCCUCCGGAUCUAGAGAAUUCGGCACUUUGUUCUCACUGCCAGAAACAGGAAGCUGAUCACUUUCAAUAUGAGCUGUCACAUGCACGUAAACUGGAGGAAAAAUUCUGUAGGCUGUGGACGGAAUGUCAGAGGUGCCAAGGAAGUCUUCACCAGGAAGUUCUCUGUACAAGCCGUGACUGCCCCAUCUUUUACAUGAGGAAAAAGGUCCAAAUGGAACUGGACACUCAGGUGAAGCGGGUCGCAAGAUUUGGUAUUCCCGAAUACUAAUUAAUGUGAGGGCAUCCAGGCCCAGAGCUUGAUGGACCUCUGCAACACUGAGGCAACCUGCCAUAUCCUGCUUGUUCGCUAACACCACAAGAAUUGCACCUUGAAGUUCAUCUUCCUGGAGAAACAGCAGACAAAGCAGAUUUAGGUUUAUUUUUAACUUAUUGAGGAAUUAUAAUUAAUAUCUGCACUCUAGAGAAACGCG